CCAUUAAAAUAGACAUCUCUUCAAUUAAUCCAAUCUGCUCCUUUUGCUUCUGUUCCCCGCCUUCCAAGAUGCAACUCACUACUCUACCUCGCCCACCAGCCAUUCCUCUUCCAAACCCUAUUUUCCGGCGCUUUUACAGUCCCCAAUCACUGGGUUUCUUUCACAGGCCGCUCCCUGCUGCUUGUAGUUUGCUCACGAGUCACGCCCCGCCGUAUUUACGUCGCCGCAACUUUCUCUUCCGGAAGUAGUAAGGACGACGUCGGGAAUCUGUUUCGGAACAAUUGCAGCAUUGGGGAGAGCCAGGAGGAGAGCGUGAAUGAAGGUGGUGAGCAUGGCGGAAAAUCGUUGGCGGAGGUGGCGGCGGGAACCGUAGAGGGGCUGGAGAACCAGAGCUUCUGGAAUCAAAUCAAGGAGAUUGCCAUGUUCACUGGGCCUGCUACUGGGCUUUGGUUGUGUGGACCCUUGAUGAGUCUCAUCGACACUGUUGUCAUUGGUCAGGGAAGCUCCCUUGAGCUUGCAGCUUUACGACCUGGGACGGUGUUCUGUGAUUAUAUCUGUUACGUGUUCAUGUUUCUCUCGGUUGCUACUUCCCUCGCCAGACAGGAUAAAUCAGAAGUGCAGCAUCAAAUAUCAAUACUUUUGUUCGUUGGAUUGGUAUGUGGAGUGUUUAUGCUGUUCUUCACGAGGUUAUGUGGUUCGUGGGCACCUACUGGUAAUGGAGACUGGUAA